AUCCAGCCUUGGUGACACCAAAUCCAGCCCUGGUGGCAUCAAGUCUGGCUCUGGUGACACCAACCUUGGCCCUGAUGUCACCAAAUCUGACCCUGGUGCCACCAAAUCUGCCCCAGGUGCCACCAACUCUACCCCUGAUGUCACCAAAUCUGCCCCUGGUGCCACCAACCUUGACCCUGGUGCCACCAACUCUACCCAUGAUGUCACCAACCUUGGCCCUGAUGUCACCAACCUUGCCCCUGAUGCCACCAAAUCUGCCCCAGGUGUCACCAAAUCUGCCCCUGAUGCCACCAACCUUGACACAGAUGCCACCAACUCUGCCCCAGGUGUCACCAAAUCUGCCCCUGGUGUCACCAACCUUGACCCUGGUGCCACCAACUCUACCCAUGAUGUCACCAACCUUGCCCCUGAUGCCACCAACUCUGCCCCAGGUGUCACCAAAUCUGCCCCUGAUGCCACCAACCUUGUCCCAGGUGCCACCAACCUUGUUUUUCCCUCCCCCGUGGCCACCCCCCCGAUGUCCCCUCCCCCAGGUGAGGACCUGCUGGCCUUGGUGGCCUCUGUCCUUCGUCGCUGUGUCCCCGGGGUCCUCCGUGUCCGACCCGUCCCCACCGCCCGUCGACCCGUCGUCAAGUUCUGCCACAAGCAAUCCGGGCUGGCUGGGGACAUCUCUGUGGACAACAGGUUGGGCUUCCUCAACACCCAGUUCCUCCAUCUCUGCUCCUGCUCCGACCCCCGUGUCCGACCCCUGGUUUAUUCCCUCAGGUUCUGGGCCAAGGGACAAGGCCUGGCAGGACACCCGACGGGGGGUGGUCCCGUUCUCACCAACUACGCCCUGACCCUCUUGGGGAUCUUCUUCCUCCAGACCCGAAGUCCCCCAGUGCUCCCCAGUGUCACCCAGUUGAGGGAACUGGCAGCUUCGCUCUUGGCCGAAUUCUUCUGCUUCUUCUCCGAUUUCGACUUCUCGGGCCGCGUCGUUUCCCUCCGGGAGGGUCGAGCUCUCCCUUUGGAUCAUCCCACCCUUCCCAGUUUGGGAGAAGGUUUCAAACUGGGACCUUUCAACCUCCAAGACCCUUUUGAGCUCAACCACAACGUGGCUGCCAACGUGACGGCCAAGACGGCG